AUGUAUUGUCUUCUUUUUGUGAAGCAGUUUUUUUCACACACUCUCUCUCUCUCCCUCCCCUCUCUCUCUCUCUCAUUCCGAUUCUUUCGAUAUUACAACCCAGUUGUUCUCUCUCUGACUCUUUUUAACGACCACUCCCUCUGUACUUACCUCAGUUUUACUCUCUCUGUCUCUCGCUUCGUAUCUCAUAGUUUAUGCAAUUUCUUUACCGCCAACUGUUCAUAUCUAUCUAUCUAUCUAUCUAUCUAUAUAUAUAUAUAUAUAUAUAUAUAUAUAUAUCGCAGUCCGUUCAUUUCUAUCUAUCUAUCUAUCUAUCUAUCUAUCUAUCUAUCUAUCUAUCUAUCUAUCUAUCUAUCGCAAUCCGUUCAUAUCUAUCUAUCUCAUUUCGUUCAUAUCUAUCUUCUCCGUUCAUAUCUAUCUAUCUAUCUAUCUAUCUAUCUAUCUAUCUAUCUAUCUCAUAGCAAAAUCUCUUGCCAACGUGACCAGUUAAGAAAACGCUCGUAUCUCGGCAACGAAAAAUAUUUACGACUUUGUGUACAUAACAUUUCUUAUCAUGGAGUAACUGACUGGAUGGCUGCCCAUUUGAAGUCCAUCUAUUGA